CGUUUACCGUCGAAACGACGACGGUAAUCUGUUUGCUGUAUAGGAAUUGCUGUUUUUCAGUGUGAAAAUUUCAUGAAUCUUCACCACCAUGUCAGGUAGUGAGCAAGAAGGUAAAGGGGAGGCCAAGAUGGUUUCGAUUCCCUUGUCAUCCGAUGAUGAGACAUCACUCGGGACAAGCAGUCAUUAUCCAAAUCAACCAAGCUACAAUUCUAAGGAAGGAAGAGAAGGUGGUGCCUUACAAGAUGAUGUAACAGAGGACGAAGAAAAUGAAGCAGAUGAGAAAAAGCGCCUUAUUAGUCAAGUACUUGAGCUUCAAAACACUCUUGAUGAUUUAUCCCAGAGAGUAGAUGCUGUAAAGGAUGAAAACCUGAAGCUUAAAUCAGAAAACCAGGUACUUGGACAGUACAUUGAAAAUUUAAUGUCAGCCUCAAGUGUUUUUCAGCCGGCUAACCCUGACAGCAAGAAAAGGCCGAACCCUUCCAAACCAGGGGUGAAGAAAGGAGACAAGACGAUAUAUUAAUGUUAACAUAUAAAGGAAGAAUUUCUUCGUGUUUAUCUGAUAUAUCAUUACCUAACUGCUAUUUUGUGAGCAUUUUUUUCCUUGCCAUGGAUCCAAGACUCUAUGAGACUGAAGAAAUGAGACUUAAGCAUUUAACAGAGAUAGUAUUUAUAUAUGUUAUAGUAGUAUAAUUUGUCAACAAUAAUAAUUUUUUGUUGACUUAUUUCACUUUUGUUUGAGGACAGGGAGUCAUGGCAACAUUAAAAUGCAAAAUCAUUCCGCGAAUGAAGCUAUCUGGGCUAUAUUUUG